GCUCGGGGCGAGGGGCGGCGCGGCCAUGGCAGCUCCGGAGCCUCUGUCCCCGGCGGGCGGCGCCGGCGAGGAGGCGCCGGAGGAGGAGGAGGACGAGGCGGAGGCCGAGGACCCCGAGCGCCCGGCUGGUGCGGGCGGCGCGCGCAGCGGAGGCAGCAGCGGUGUGGGCGGCGGCGGCGGCGGCGGCUGCGGAGGAGGAGGAGGCGGCUGCGGGAUUGGGGCCGGGGCGGGGGGCUGCGGCGGGCCGGGGGGCGCGCUCACUAGGCGCGCGGUCACGCUGAGGGUGCUCCUCAAAGAUGCGCUGCUGGAGCCGGGCGCCGGGGUGCUGUCCAUCUACUACCUGGGGAAGAAGUUCCUGGGAGACCUGCAGCCCGACGGGAGGAUUGUGUGGCAGGAAACUGGGCAGGUGUUCAACUCUCCCAGUGCCUGGGCAACCCACUGCAAAAAGCUGGUGAACCCGGCCAAGAAGUCCGGGUGUGGCUGGGCUUCUGUCAAGUACAAGGGCCAGAAACUGGACAAGUACAAGGCAGCCUGGCUCCGGCGACACCAGCUCCACAUUCCCACGGCUGCUGCCGAUGAGAGCCCGGCCAGUGAAGGGGAGGAGGAGGAGCUGUUGAUGGAGGAAGAAGAGGAGGAGGUUCUGGGGGGCGUCUCGACGGAGGACAAGAGUCGGAGACCCCCUGCGAAGGGGCCCUUGGAGCCUCCCCACCCAGAGGCCGUGCCCCCGGGGAAGCGGGUGGAAAACAAGAUCCGGGUGCCCGUGCGCUACUGUAUGUUGGGCAGUCGCGACUCUGCCAGGAACCCCCACACCCUGGUGGAAGUCACAUCCUUUGCUGCCAUCAACAAGUUCCAGCCGUUCAAUGUGGCCGUCUCCAGCAAUGUGCUGUUCCUGCUGGACUUCCACAGCCACCUGACUCGCAGCGAGGUCGUGGGGUACCUGGGGGGCCGCUGGGACAUCAACAGCCAGAUGCUCUCGGUGCUGAGAGCCUUCCCCUGUCGGAGCCGCCUGGGGGACGCGGAUAUGGCCGCCGCCAUGGAAGAGGAGAUCUACCAGAGCCUGCUCCUGCGGGGCCUGUCCCUGGUGGGCUGGUACCACAGCCACCCGCACAGCCCUGCGCUGCCGUCGCUGCAGGACAUAGACUCGCAGAUGGACUACCAGCUGCGCCUGCAGGGCUCCAGCAACGGCUUCCAGCCCUGCCUCGCCCUGCUCUGCUCCCCUUACUACUCUGGCAAUCCCGGCCCUGAGUCUAAGAUCUCGCCGUUCUGGGUGAUGCCGCCCCCUGAGCAAAGGCCCAGUGACUACGGCAUCCCCAUGGAUGUAGAGAUGGCCUACGUCCAGGACAACUUUCUGACUAAUGACAUCUUGCAUGAGAUGAUGCUGCUGGUGGAGUUCUACAAGGGUGCCCCGGACCUCGUGAGGUUCCAGGAACCCUGGAGCCAGGAGCACACGUACCUGGACAAGCUGAAGAUGUCCCUGGCCAGCAGGACACCCAAGGACCAGGGCCUGUGCCAUGUACUGGAGCAGGUCUACAGCCUUCUUAAACAAGGGAGCUGAGGCACCGCCUCCGAGGUCGUCCUCCGAACCCCCAGUGGUUCCGGCUGAGGGGGAAUGGGUCAGGGGGCUUUGUUGUGGUGCAGCAAUAAAGGGGAGAAGCAAAGAG